AUGGAGUACUCCUGGUCCUACGCCGCCGCCAGGGCUCCUGUCCCAAGCACCUACCACCAAAAGCCAAAGCCUCGACCCGACCGGCCAAAUCGAUCCAAUUCCACAUCCGGUGCCCGACCCAAGAGAAAACCGCGGAUUCCCGGCCAUUCCAGGGCCUCGAGCUGCAGUUCGAAUAACCUUCCGACCCACGACAUCCCGCUGCCGCUUCUGCCGCAGGAGCUCCAGGGCCACGACCCAGCUGGUGGGGCAGGCGAGGGAAACUCGCCUGCUGAACACGGCCACCUCCCUACUCUCGAUCCCAACCAGCCCCACAGCCACAAUAACCAGCAACAGCCGCAGCAACAACAACAGCAUCAGCAUCACCAGCGCCGGGACCGGGUGGCUGCCUUGGUCAAAUACUACCAAACAAAGCAAUUGCCAGCGACCCCUCGUAUCGACACCGAAACUGAAAACGCUACAAACACGAACGAGUCCGGCCCGGCAUCGGCACAAACCCCGGCAUCGCCGCGCCUCGCUCGACCGCUGUCCUUCUCCUACCCUCUUCAUACGUCAACCUCAGCAUCAACGUCGGCGUCAGCGACAGCGUCCGCUGCCGCCACGUCGCAUCAAGACCGCCGUAUGUUUCAACAUGCCGCCAUGUUUGCCGACCCGAACCCCAUGUCCAAGAUAUCCUCAGCGGGUGCCGGUCCAUCUACUCGUGCCGACAGCGUGGUCUCGAGCAAUUCGGGAGGCACCACGCUGAGCAGCCGCACCAUGCUGUCGAGCGAGACGCCAUGGAAUGCCGAGUCCGCCGCGAAGCCCUUGAUCGUCCGCAACGGCCGCACCUACAUCUCCGACCCCUCGCUCCCUUAUCCCUUACCCGUCGACCUUGCGGAGCUACAUCGGCAAAGCUUGAGGAUUCUUAUGUUGUUCCAGCUCUUCGGCGGCCCAAUAUGCUCUCCCGAAUUCGCAAACAAGCCGCCUACGCGGGUGCUCGAAGUCGGCUGCGGCUCGGGAUUCUGGAGCAUGAUGUGUCAUCGUUACUACGCGCGGCACGGCCACUCGGACAUCUCCUUUGCGGGCAUCGACAUCGCGCCCAUCGCCGCGGGAGCCGGCGGACAGGGCGGCAAUUCCGGCAGCAGGAAUAAUUCUAACGCGGGGGCCCGCGAAGGAAAUAGAGCAUCAGGGGCCUCUUCCUCCUCUCCGGCCGAUGCACGGCCUGAUAGUGAUAUGAGGUGGCGAUUCGUACAGCACGAUAUGCGCAAACUCCCCUGGCCCUUUGCAAGCGGCGAGUUUGACCUGAUCAUGGUUAAGGACAUGUCCCUCGCCACCUCCAGCGGUCUCCAGCAGCCGUUCAUGGACGAGUAUCUCCGCAUGCUAAGUCCUGGUGGGACUCUCGAGAUCUGGGAGAGCGACCACACUAUUCGCAUGCUACGGCCCCACGUUCCGGAAUCACGACAACAAGUCCGCCAGCCGGCCAACCAGGGCCAAGGUGGAGCGGGAGGCACAGACGGCGGUGGUGGCGGCGACAGCGACUCCUCCGACAGUGAGGAAGAUGAGCAGACCGCAGCUGCUAGCCUCGGCGCGUAUAUUAUGACGGGCAACACGCCGUUGUCGGCACCCCUCAACAACUUCCUGGUCGAAUACAACGGGUGGGUGUCGCGGGCGCUCGAGGCGCGCGGCCUGUCAGCUAUGCCGUGCACGCUGAUAGGGCCGAUGCUCCUCCAGGAAGCUGAGAUAUUGGCGGGCAUAGGAUCGCGGCGGCUGGCGGUGCCACUCUCCGAGGCUCGGUGGGAGCGCGAGGGUGUCGGCGGGGUCGUCACCAAGGAUGGCAAGAGCUACAUCGAGACCAAGGGCAAGAGCAGGGGGCCGCCGGCACCCAAGGGGGCACGCGACGCCGGCCGGCCGCUGACGGCGGCGCAGGCGGCGCUGAGGAGGACGGCGCUGACGACGGUCGUGCAGCAGAUACAGGGCCUGGAGGGGGUGCUGCGGGAGGCCAGCGGCAAGAGCCAGGACGAGUGGGACGGCUGGCUGGGCAAGAUGAUGAACGACCUCGUCAAGGAGAACGGGACGAGCUGGGGCGAAUGUCUCGAGGUCGGAGCCUGGUGGGCCAAGAAGAAGUCAUGA